UGUCACUAAAUUCAAGACGUCUGGGACUGCUUUUAUCCAAUUUCUUAAGGGAUCUUUUUUAAUUCCCUAGAUUUCAUGAAACCCAUUUGUUAAUUUGGUGUAUUUGCCUUUGGGUGCUUUCUCAUUAGGCCUCAGAAUCUGGUGUUCACAGCUAUGGUGUCGGUGAAAUCGGAGGUUCAUGGGACUUUGAUUUACCCAAUAUUUUGUUAUUUUGAGGGCUUUUUGAAAAUAUCCCAAAUUUCAUAAAACCCACUAGUUUGAUUUCGGAUUUAUAUAUUGGGGUGGCGUUGAAAUGACCUCAGGUGGGCCAUUCCAAAACGAAUAAGAGCAAUUGGAUAAAGAUAGCUUGCUUCAUCUGGAUCAGAGUCAAUCGGAGUCAUUGCCCCAUUCCCACAACGUCUCUUUUCCCAUACGAGACUGGGAAUGGGGCACAUGUAGACUUCCCCUUUUUCCUUCUUUAAAUAUGGGUUUCUUAUGCUUCUGAAGAAUGAUCUGUUCCUGGAUUUUGUAAAUCUGGGUCUCUCCUCGAUUGUUGGGCUUCUAGUGUAUCUUAUUAGUAUUGAAAUUGCAUUCUUGUCCUUUGUGCUGUAACAAUAUUCUUGUUGCAUUCUUCCAGGACUAGAAGAAGCAAUGGACAAUUCAUGUAUCAAUGGGGAAAUAUUUGAGAUCCCUUCAACAGUGGGGCAUAUAUCAAGCAAUUCUUACCUCUUUGAAAGACACAGAUAUCAAAGAAAGGAUGUGGCUUCCUGUCCUGCCAUGAGGAUCACAGGUCUUCAAGCUGAACAUCCUAGAUUUUAUUUGUCAAUGGAUGACAUUUUUGCCCAUUUUUUGACCUUGACUUCAUAUAUAAGACAUCGAUUUAUUAGGUUCAUUGAAAAUCUUGUAACAAGAGAUGUCAAUAAAUACUCUGAGGAUCCAGUGAUGAUUUCUUGUGGACAACACUCAAGUCGUUUUAGCUGCAAUGAAGUCUGUGAAAGAAGAGCCUUUGACCUGAAGGAAGAAUCUCAUGUAAAUAUAAGAUCCCAAAUUGCAGGAAGCAAUUACAGUUAUCAGAGCACCUCCUUUCUUUUUCAAGGGUCUGGCUGCAUGUCUACAUGUGGAGAGGCACAUAGACCCAUAGGGCAUGAAUUGGGGUUGCUGCUCCCAUUCUUUGGUAUGAGACUUGCCUGGAGGUUGGCAUGGGCCUCUUCGAGAUAUUCUUUCUGUUUUGUGAGAUGCAUGCAAAUUCGAGUUCGUAGCAUUAUAUCUCGAGUACAGACAACUCUGCAUGGUUCUUCUGAUGAUAUUGGAUGGUUGCAGUGCACUCCUGGGGUGGCUCCUGUGGAGGAUGGUACAGCAAGAUUCCUGGAACUACUUCGAGAGAUAAGGAAUGGAAAGCACACGCUCCCAAACUCAUAUGUCUAUCUACUAAUUCCAGGCCUUUUUGGCAAUCAUGGUCCAUUGUAUUUUGUGAACACUAAGAAGUUCUUUUCAAAGAUGGGUCUAGCUUGCCAUAUUGCCAAAAUUCACAGUGAGGCAUCUGUAGAGCAUAAUGCUUGGGAACUGAAGCAAUACAUUGAAGAACUUUACUGGGGAUCUGGAAAGUGUGUGAUCUUGCUUGGGCACAGCAAGGGUGGGGUUGAUGCAGCAGCUGCAUUAUCUAUGUACUGGUCUGACUUAAAGGACAAAGUUGCUGGAUUAGCUUUGGUGCAGAGCCCAUACGGUGGAACCCCCUUAGCUUCUGAUAUUCUUCGUGAAGGCCAGAUUGCUGACAGGGAAACCCGGAGGAUCUUGGAGUUUUUGAUAUGCAAGUUAAUUAAGGGUGACAUUCAGGCAUUGGAGGACCUCACAUACGAGAAGAGGAGGGAGUUCAUAAUGAAUCACAAGCUCCCUGAAUGCAUCCCUCUUAUCUCCUUUCACUCUGAAGCAAGUGUGGCUCCAAGCGUCCUUGCCACAAUGUCCCACGUAGCUCAUGCAGAACUUCCCUUGCUCCCCCUUCCCAGAUUUGGUAGCAAAGAGUCUGAUGUUCAAGGAUGCAAGGUGCCUGUAGUAAUUCCUAUAUCCGCUGUCCUGUCUCUUUGUGCACUUCACCUUCAACUCAGGUAUGGGGAGAAGAGUGAUGGGUUAGUGACAUGUCGUGAUGCUGAAGUUCCAGGCUCAGUUGUUGUCAAACCAGAUCUGAAGCUCGACCAUGCCUGGAUGGUUUACUUUUCAGGGAAGAAGGAUCUUAGUGAGCCUGAUGCUUGUGAAAUGAGCGAGGCUCUUUUGACUCUGCUUGUGGAGCUGGGGAAGACAAAGAAAGAACAGAGGAGAGAAUGAGGAAGUAGUAAUUCACACACUUCAAAAAGACUUUUUGGUUUGAAUAGAAAAAGUCAAAAUACUUUGUUUUUUCUAUUCAAUUAAAAGUAACUUAUUAACAUUCA